AAGCUGUAGUGGAAGUGAUUUUAUAUAAUUUGUUUUUCAGGUCAUAUUUUGAGGUCCUUCAGACUUAGACUUCUCACCUAAAACACAAACCUGAAUCUCACAGUCUUUAUGAUAGUAUUACUCAGAAUCUUUUAAAAGAUAAAUUUAGGAGUAACAAAAACUAGACAUUAUCUAGAAGAAAUUGCAAGUCCUUGAGUCCUUUCACAAAGCAACUCAGCUUCAGUCGCUCUUUUCCUCAGUAUCUAUGGAGAUAAUGUUAAUUUCAGUAAAUUUCCAGGUUUAAACUCUGGGAAUAUGGGCUCAACUAUCAUGUUGGAAUUCAGGCAGUUAUGGGAAUUGCUGUCUCAUUCAAAACCUCAGUAUUUGUGUCUUUCAGUUAAUAAGGUAGUAAUUUAAAACUGAUUUAUCUUAGGAUACACCUGUAGAUAGUCCUAACCUUACUUUUCUACAGAUUUCACAUUUGCUUAAUGAAAUACUGAAACAGUUGCCAAACUAGGUGACCUAUUGGCUGUGUGAGGCUUCAUUUUCUUUCUGUUGAAAAAAUGGUAAAAAUCGCUAAAGAGAGCAUUAGCCUUCCAGAUACAUAUUUAAAAGUAGUAAGUGGGCUACUUUUAAGAAAUAGUGGAUUGACUUCUGAAAGUCACAUUUUGUCACAGAACUGUCUCAUGGCUACAUGCUGCUAGCUACAAAACUUGAUUUUCAGAAAUCAGUCCGAUAUUUUUAAAACUUUUUGAAGUUCUGCAGGUGGCAAGGUGUUGUUUAGGAGGGAACAUACAAAUAAUCUUUUAGAACACUAACUGGGUUGGAAAGGAAUGUUGUACUGUAUGAUGAUCUGUUUGUACUCUUAAUUCUGUAAGGACUGCCUAGCAGCGUUCUAGCUGUAAUGGGGUGAGAUUAAGAGAGAGAAGUACAGUGUUCACACAAAUAAGCUUUCUAGCCAUGCAGUGCGUAAAGCUCUUGCAGUGAUUCCUAUGAAAGUCAGAGAAACAAUACCUCAGGAAAACAAAACAAAAUGAAAAAAACAACAAACCUCCACCCCCCACCCCCCGCCCCCACCUUAGGCUAGGCUGGAUGACAAAUUCUUCACAUCUAUAAGAAUGUAUUAUUUUUCCUCUCACUGUCUGGGCCUGAUUUACAAAUACGAGGCCCCUGAAGUACUGUAAGCAUCUCUCAGCCUCGUUACCAGCCUUUAGAAAAUAAAUGGUAAGGAAGCAUGGGCAGAGCUGGAAGUGCAGAAGAGAAGACUGGCAGCCGUGGAAGUUUGCAUUUUGACUCCAUGGCCAAAUGUAAGCGUUGGGAUUUGGUUUGUGUUUGGUUUUUGGUUUGGUUUGGUUUGUUUCAGGAGGUAGCAUCGUUGUUGUGUAUGAAAAACACGAUGUAACUUGUUCAAAUUUAAAUUAUUUCUUAAACAGUGUGUGAUCCUUUGGGGAAUUUGUGAUUGUGUGUAAAUAUUUUUGGAAAUUUAAUACUGAGACCUUUUUUUUAAUUUGACUGGCCUUAUUUAUGGGGUAAAACAAGAUGGAAUUUUCAGAGACCUUAUGUAUGAGGAAACUGGGUUGUUGUUAAGCUAAGAUGGUAAUGAUAUUUGUAUCUUACUAUAGAUAAAUUAGUGUUACAUUCCUUCACACAUCAUUUUUACUCUGUAAUGCAUCUGCAUAUUGUGCUUUUUUGGCUGAGGGUGUCAGUAACGUGACACUUGACGUACAUUGCUGAUAUUCAGUUAGAGGAUGGCUUGUAUUAUUUUACCUUACCCUAAGUGCAUGUGUAAGCAUCAGUACUUCUUUUCUCCAGUUUAAACUGAUUUUUUGAAAAAUGAAUGUUUCAAAUUGCCCCUACAGAGAAGAGUAAAGGUUGUUUCUCUGCCUUCCCUGCGAAAUUCCGUAUGUUAACUUCUUGUUGUCAGAGGAUGUAGGGGGACAACUAGGAAAGCCAAGGCCUCCUUAGAAUUAAACCUGGUGAUAGGGGUCAAGGACAACAGAAAGAGCUUUUUCAAAUACAUGGCAGAUUAACAUUAGAGGCAAUGUAGGCCCACUGAUGGGUACCCUGGUGACAGAAGAAACAAAGAAGGCAGAGUUACUGAAUGCCUUCUUUGUCUGCUCUGCCGGAAGCUGUCCUGAGGAGCCCCAUACUGCUGAGGCUCCAGAGGAAGGCAGGACAAUGGAGGAGUUUGCCUCGGUUGAUGAGGACUGGGUUAGGGAGCAGUUAAUCAAUCUGGACAUCCAUAAAUUCAUGGGUCCGGAUGGGAUGCACCCCCAGGAGCUGAGGGAGCUGGCUGAGGUCAUUGCUGGACCACUCUCCAUCAUCUUUGCCAGGUUUUGGGAAACUGGAGAGGUGGCUGAGGACUGGAGGAAAGCAAAUGUCACUCCAGUCUUCAAAAAGGGCAAGAAGGAGAACCUGGGUAACUAUAGACUGCUCAGCCUCACCUCCAUCCCUGGGAAACUGAUGGAACAACUUAUCCUUGGUGCCAUCUCAAGGCAUAUCAAGGAUAAGAGGGUCAUUAGGAGCAGUCAGCAUGGCUUCACCAGGGGGAAGUCAUGCUUGACCAACCACAUAGCCUUUUGUGAGGACAUAACAAGGUAAAUAGAUGAUGGCAAAGCAGUGGAUGUGGUCUACCUUGAUUUCAGUAAGGCAUUUGAUGCAGUCUCCCACAGCAUCCCUGCUCCUAAACUGAGGAAGUGUGGUCUGGAUGAUCAGGUAGUGAGGUGGACUGUGACUGAAGGAGAGAAGCCAGAGAGUUGUGGUCAAUGGGGCAGAGUCCAGUUGGAGGCCUGUAUCUAGUGGAGUGCCUCAGGGGUCAGUACUGGGACCAGUAUUAUUCAAUAUAUUCAUCAAUUAUUUGGAUGAGGGAAUAGAGUGUACUAUCAGCAAGUUUGCUGAUGACACCAAGCUGGGAGGAGUGGCUGACACGCCAGAAGGCUGUGCUGCCAUCCAGCGGGACCUGGACAGGCUGGAGAGUUGGGUGGGGAAAAAUUCAAUGAAAUAUAGCAAGGGCAGGUGUAGAGUCUUGCAUCUGGGCAGGAGCAACCGCAGGUUCCAGUAUAAAUUGGGGAAUGACCUAUUAGAGAGCAGUGUAGGGGAAAAGGACCUGGGGCUCCUGGUGGACAGCAGGAUGACCAUGAGCCAGCACUGUGCCCUUGUGGCCUGGAAGGCCAAUGGCAUCCUGGGGUGUAUUAGAAUGGCGGUGGUUAGUACGUCAAGAGGUUUUCCGCUCUGAUGAGACCUCAUCUGGAAUAUUGUGUCCAGUUCUGGGCCCCUCAGUUCAAGAAGGACAGGGAACUGCUGGAGAGAGUCCAGUGCAGGGCAACAGAGAUGAUGAAGGGAGUGGAGCACCUCCCUUAUGAGGAAAGGCUGAGGGAGCUGGGUCUGUUUAGUUUGGAGAAGAGGAGACUGAGGGGUGACCUUAUUAAUGUUUAUAAAUAUGUAAAAGGUGAGUGUCAUGAGGAUGGAGCCAGGCUCUUCUCGGUGACAGCCAAUGGUAAGACAGGGGGUAACGGGUGCAAACUGGAACACAAGAGGUUCCACUUAAAUUUGAGAAGAAACUUCUUCCCAGUGAGGGUGACAGAGCACUGGAACAGGCUGCCCAGGGGGCUUGUGGAAUCUCCUUCUCUGGAGACAUUCAAAACCUGUCUGGACACAUUCCUGUGUAACCUCAUUUAGGUGUUCCUGCUCCAGCAGGUGGAUUGGACUAGAUGAUCUUUCAAAGUCCCUUCCAGUCCCUAACAUUCUGUGAUUCUCCGAUUUUUUUUUUUUAUCACUUGAAGUCUGAGUUUAAUUGAUUUAAUCUCUGUCUUGCAGUGAGACACUGUUUUUGUAAGCAUUUUUCCCCUUAAGGUUUUGAUACAUGUCCUCAACUUUAAUACUAGUUCAAACAUUCUUUGUUCAGAAAAUCUCUAAGUCCUGUUCCCUCAUCAAUAUGUUACCGUACUUGUUCAUGCCAUAAUUGCACCAUUUGUGAAAGAGGCAUAAUGAUAUUAACCUCUUUAUGGAAAGCUCUGUGAAAAGUUGUAUAAUAUUGUUUUGUCUGUAUAGAAAGAAUUAAGUGACUCUAGUAACCUCUAAUUAUUUUUUUCUUCAGAUUGGUAGAUAAAUUGUUUUUCUGGUCUGUGCAGAAUUUCAGCAUGAACUUGCCCUCGAAAUGUCUGGGCUAGAGUUUAACUCUUUGCUCUAAGAAGUAGUGCUGAUGCGUGUUUAUCCCCAGGGUCUGGAGUAUUCUUAUCCAGGGUUUUGGUUUAGACACAUCUUCAGUCUCUAUGAAUCCUAAACAAUGACAAUAAAAAUAUUUUUUUUCUUUUUGUUCUUGGGUGGUUUUCCAAAAAGGAGUGAAACCCUUCCUCUGAAGCGAACACCAGAAAUUAUUGUUGAGCUUGGUAUUUUUCAGUAGUUUACAAAUCCGGGUGUAAUGUAGAGAUGUUAUUCUAAUCUAAGCCCUGGAUGUUCCUUGGAAAGAGAAAACCACAUGAUUUGAUUAGACAUCUCACUUCUCUGCCAGUGCUCAGAGACGAGCAGAGCGCUGGAAAGAGGCAUUUCCCAGGGAGAGAGCGACUGAUUCGCACUAGCGUGCAGCGUUCUCUCACCAUGGAAGCAUUCCAGCAUGAGCUGCUCACUCUUACUGGGGCUCUGAUCUGUUUCUGUACUCUGGUAAAAUGCAUCAGAUAUAUGAAAUAUAUUUUCUCACAUAUCUGGAGUGCUUUGCCUCAGACUUUCUUUCCGUCGCUGGGAGAAUGGGCAGUGGUCACAGGAGCAGGAGAUGGUCUUGGGAAAGCGUAUUCCUUUGAGCUGGCAAAACGUGGAUUAAAUAUAGUUAUGAUAAGCAGAACGCUUGAAAAACUGCAGAGAGCAGCCUCUGAAGUUGAGCAGGCUACAGGUCAAAAGGUCAAGGUUAUACAAGCUGAUUUCACUACAAAUUCGGUAUACGAGAACAUUGAAAAAAGUCUGCAAGGCUUGGAUAUUGGUGUUCUAGUUAACAAUGUUGGAAUGCUUCAUAAUCCUCUUCCGUGCCGUUUCCUUAAUGGACCAGACAUAGAUGAGGACCUCAUCAACUGCAACAUUAUUUCUGUUACAAAGAUGACAAAAAUAAUUUUGAAACAAAUGGAGCCAAGACAGAAAGGUCUUAUUCUGAAUCUAUCCUCUGGUCUGGGUACUUUCCCUUGUCCAUUAUACACUAUGUACUCAGCUUCUAAGGCUUUUAUAAGCACUUUCUCCAAAGCACUACAAGCAGAGUAUAAGGAAAAGGGAAUUAUCAUACAGGUAGUGACUCCUUAUGGUGUUUCUACUCCAAUGACGAUGUACCAAAAACCUGGUCUUAUUACCAAGACGGCGGAAGAGUUUGUUAGUGAAUCACUGGAUUAUGUCACCUUUGGAGAUGAGAUUUUUGGAUGUUUAGCCCAUGAAAUGCUGGCAUGUGUCCUGCGGUUCAUCCCUUUAUGGGUAUUACACAGCGACAGACUUCAAGAAGCAGUCCUGCAUGCAUUUACCAGUUAUCUGAAGAAGAGGUGGAGGAACCCGUAGCAGAAUCAUUUUUUUCGGAAGAUAUGCAAUGGGGAAUCCCAAUAGGAUGCCUUUUACUGUGUCUCUAUAUGUGUGAAUAUGGAAGCAAACAAAUCAGUUUGAUUGGAUUACAUCCAAAUGACCUAUGAAGUGAUAAGUGAUCUGAUCAAAUGAAUCUAUUAAGUAACUUCAUUCCUGUCUCUUUCCAAAGAUCAUAGAAUUUGCUAGAGCUGUUUCAGUGAAUUUUGUGAACCUUAGAUAUGUUCUAAGAAAUUUAUGUUACUAUUUUAACAUAAGCUUGGAGGCCACAAAUAUUUACACUUACUUGAUAUUUGUGAGUAAAACAAUAAUUUGCUUUAUUUCCAAACUUGUUCACAGUGUAUUUUGAUGCUUUCAGUGAAUGUUUUGUGUCUUUGGUUUCUUCUUUUUCUGUGCCCCACCUCCAAAAACAAACAAACAAACAAACAAACAACCCCACAAGCAUUUAUUUUAUAUAAAUUUAAGAGGAUAAGCUCCAAUUCAUAUAUAAUGGCAUGAUUCAGGAAUUCUGUGCUUUAAGGAAAACACAAGCAAACGUGGAUGUUGAAAAAAUUAUGUCAGUGUCAACAUCAUCAUUUCUCUCUUGAGAUGGGAUUUUAAAUGAGUCUUUUGACUAUGCUGGAAAUGAAAUCCUGUCUUUAAAUAAAAAAAAGAUCUGAGCCACAAUCCUGAAGGACAGCAGAAAAAAUGUUGAGGUGUGGAAGUGCUGCCACGUCACAGCAGCAGUGUGCACUUAUGAGGUUGUAUCCAUGGUGGAACCUUUCUCCAGAAUUCCUGAGAUGAAAUAUCUAUGAUUGCAUCUCUAGGGAUUAAAGCUUAAUAAAUAUUACCUUCAGCCUCCAGAAGAAAUUUUGCUUACUAGUUUUGAUGGUCUGUAAGCAGAAGUUUUUAACUUCAACUUUGUGCAUGUGGAAGUGUAUAUUUCAAGACAGGUUUGCGGUUUGUUAAGGAAGGAGUGAGGGAGACAUUUAUUUUUUGUGCUCUUAAUGACAAUUAGAAAUAAAAGCUGUGAUUAAAUUUUAAAACAAAUUAUGUGGUUUGGGAGCAAAACUAUCACUGACUCUUAGAGUAUGUAAUCAGUUCAGUCUUUUCAAAACGUUUUCUAAUUAAUUACUUUUAGGUUGUGUCUCAUCAUCAAAUGAUGACAUUCUGUUCCUUGGAACAAGAAAACAUUUCUAUGACUGUAGAAAUUUUUAAAAACCUCCUCAUGUACUAUAUGCUCAUUACAUCUCAUAGCCUUUUAAAUUAAUUCACUUGUAUAUUUCUCUAUGGCUUCUUGUAUUUCAUGCCUUAAUAUAAAGUAAUUCUUCAAAUAAAACUGCUACUGAAUAUUA